ACCUAGAUAACUAUUAUGAAUCAAUUCAGUGCGGCUUACAAAGUGUGCUGGAACCUGUGCGACGAGCCCAACGCGCCUCCCACCGCCAACUGCAGUGGUCAGUGCAACGGCGCUGACUUGCUCGCGGCCUUCGACGCCGCCAUCCAAGACAGCGUCGACGUCAUCUCCGUCUCUCUCGGAGGCGGCGCAUGAAGCGUGGAUUACUUCAGCGACAGCUCCGCGAUCGGUGCGUUCCACGCUGUUGCCCAAGGCAUCGCCGUGGUGUACUCAGCCGGCAACAGCGGCCCUUUCCUUUUAGGGGUCGUGAACAACGCCGCCCCUUGGGUGAUCACCGUGGCCGCCAGCACCAUCGACAGGGACUUCAAAAAGACCAUUACUUCCACCAACAACAAGCAGAUACAGGUCGGAUUCCAUCUUCUUCGUUCCUCUACUUUCUCAUGCUGAUCUAAGCUCAGAAAACGUAGGAAACAAUUCUAAUAAACAGAUCUUCUUCUCAGGGCAGGAGCUUCACGCUGAAAUCUCUUGACACAGGGAAGAAAUACACAUUGAUCAGAGCUGUCGACGCCAUAGCUGCUAAUGCUUCCAAGGAUGACGCCACGUUGUGCGAUCCGCAUUCCAUCGAUGCUGCAAAGGUGGAGGGCAAGAUCGUCUUGUGCCAGCGUGGUCCUCCGCCGCCUGUACUAGACAACUUCCCUCAGGUGUCUGGCGCCGCCGGAACGAUUGUCAUCGACAACAAUAAACGCGGCGACAACUUCCUGAUGACCGCCUUCAUGGACCAGGCGCAUCUGCUGAUCUCCGAAAAAGAUGGUCAAGCUCUUCAAUCGAACAUCCGUGACUCCAAGUACAGAGGAACACUCGACUUCUUAUCAUCUCUUCCGUAUACGUCCUCGUAACAUGUCGAUGGAUGACUGUAGAUCAAAUGACCUUUCGAUCUCCGGGCCGACGACGGAGCUAAAGACCGGCGCCUGCGGUGGCCUACUUCUUUUCUCCUGGACCCAAUUACCAUAGCCCACUUCAGCGACCCGCCAUACGCGUGCCCGAAGCAGAAGAUCGAGGAGCACAACCUGAACUACCCCAUGAUAGCCAUCCGCUAUCCCACGACGACGGCGACAGCGACUCGCACCGUGAAGAACGUCGGCCCGCCUGGCACGUACAAGGUGCAGGUCACGCAGCCCGUCGGGAUCACGCUGUCGGUGACGCCGUCGACCCUCGAGUUCAAGAGCGUCUCUCCUUCUAGGGUUUCCAAAUGCCGACACGGCGGCCGCUUCCGCUAUCGUCCUUUCGCCGGAGUCCCUCUCGGCUGCCGGCCGGACAGCGGAAAAGCUGAGCCUCUCGGCGCUGCAGUCCAAGAUGAAGUGCGACCCCGAGGGGUACGAGGCGGAGCUCCUACUCCUCUACCGCCACUUCGAGUCCUCCCUCCACCUCUUCCGGCACCAGUCCGCCCUCAGGCCCUCCUCCGACCUCUCCCUGGGCAAGGAUCUCGGGGACUUAACCAUGUUCCUCUCCCAUGUCACCCCUUUCUACCCGGAUAAGCUUGCAAACUUCCCCCGACAGAUGGCCGACCUCCUCCGUGUCGAUUCCCGGGCCCUUCCAUCGUCGUUGAGGUGCCAUCUUGAGCAAGCCCUGAUCCUCCUCGUCAAUAGAAAGAUCUUUGAUAUUGAAGAAACUCUCGAAUUGUUUAUGGACCUUCAGAUUCUUGGUGACCGGACCUUAAGAAAACUGGCCUUUUCACAUGUCGUAGAUAACAUUCAACGCAUGAACCAGAAACACAAUAACGAAGCCAAGAAUCGCAAACUGCAGAAUAUUCUUUUUUUGAUGCUGCAGGGGGAGGAGGAACAGAGGGCCAAAAGGUCUCUUGUUAUUCUUUGUGAUCUGCAUAGACGGAGGGUGUGGUUUGAUGAUCGUACAGCUAAUGCCAUUUGCACUGCCUGUUUCCAUUCAUCUUCAAGGAUUAUGAUAUCUGCUCUCUCAUUUCUUCUUGGUUAUGAACAAAUUGAAGAGGAGGAUGACAGUGAAGCCUCAAGCAGUGAAGACGAUACAACUAGUCAACAGCCUAUUACUCUUAGCCGAGAAGCUAUUUACAAGGCAAAUCAUAAAGGUACGCCUGCCAGCAAGAAAAAAAAGAAGGCAAAGUUGCAGCGUGCGAUACGCAACAUGAAAAGGCAGCAGCGAAUAACAUCACAAAGUAACAGCUCCAGUUACUAUUCACCUCUUACUCAUUUAAAAGAUGCACAGGGUUUCGCUGAGAAACUGUUCUCUCGCCUUCAAAGAUGCAAUGAACGCUUUGAGGAUAGGAUGAUGAUGUUGAAGGUAAUAGCCAGAAAUGUUGGAUUGCACCGUCUGAUCUUGUUAAAUUUUUAUCCAUUUCUUCAAAAAUAUGUUCAGCCUCAUCAACAUGAUGUCACCGAUUUGCUUGCUGCAGCUGUCCAGGCCUGCCAUGAUAUGGUACCUCCUGAUGCGGUUGAACCCUUAUUUAAACAAAUUGUGAAUCAGUUUGUGCAUGAUCGUUCUCGCACAGAGGCCAUUGCUGUUGGGCUGAAUGUUGUGAGGGAGAUCUGUAUCAGGAUGCCUUUGUUAAUGAAUGAAGAUCUGCUUCAAGACUUGGUCUUAUACAAAAAAUCACAUGAGAAGGCAGUUUCUUCAGCAGCUCGCUCCUUGAUAACUUUAUUCAGAGAGAUAUGCCCUUCUUUAUUGGUGAAGAAGGACCGUGGCCGUCCGGUCAAUCCCAAAGCAAGGCCAAAAGCAUAUGGAGAAGUUAGUAUAGCUACUGAUGUGCCUGACAUAGAGUUGCUGGAACACGUUGAUAACUCGAUGACUGAUAGUUCUGAUGCUGAGGCUUCUGCAUCAGAUUUGGAUGAUGAGUAUGACAGUGAUGCUGAGCCAGAGAAAGAGGAUGCUUCUUUGGAAGAUGAAGAAGAGGAUGAUGAGGUUUCAGAUAAAAAAAAUGAAGAAGAUUUAGGUAACAGUGAUAACAUUGAUGGGGAGGAAGAUGAUGGUGAUGAUAUUGAUGAGAAUGCUGCCUAUGAUGAAUAUGAUAGUGAUACUAAAGAAGAUGUGGAUCUUAGUGAUGAUAAUAUGGAUAUCUCCAGUGAGCUAGAUGCAUCAAGGAAAAAGUCAUCUAAUGACAUCUGCAGUGAUGAUGACCUCAGUAAUCAUGAAUGCGCUAGUGAUGACAACGAUGAAAUAAAGGAAGAGGAGAAGGCCAAAUCAAAGAAGAGGAAGUUUACGGAUUAUGUUGGACAACUGAAUACUUCAGAGUCAAGUCUUCGCGCCCUUAAAAGACUAACAAUGGCCAAGAUGUCGCAGAAAGCAUCGGAUGAAACAGAUGGAAUUCUUUCUAAUGAAGAUUUUCAACGUAUAAAAGAGUUGAAGGCAAAGAAAGAAGCAAAGCUGGUUAUGGCUCAGCAAGGUCUUUUGAGAAAGGGUAUAGACUCGAAAGUCUCAUCUUUCAAAAUUCCCUCUUCUGAGCAAUUAACUAUAAAGCCAGUGGAUCCUGCUAUGCUAGAGGUCCACAUUAAAAGAAAGCUUAGCAAGGAGGAACGACUGACCCUAGUAAGAGCUGGGAGGGAGGAUAGAGGAAAGUAUCAGGCCAGAACUGCUGUGAAACAAAAAAAGACGGGUGGUCUAAGCAAUCGCCAAAAGGAACAUAAAAAGAAGAUGCCUCUUGCUGCCAAAAGAGCAAAAGUAGCUCGCUCUAGGCAGGAUAAAAAACAGCAACAAAGGCGGUCAGGCAAGCAGUUCCAGGGGAGGAAAGCAUGGAAGUGACAAAAUUUCAUAGUUUCCUAAAAUUUCAUGGCUUCGUAAAGUGGCAAGAUUUCGUAAAAUUUUGACUCCAUGCAGUUUCUUCCAUCAGAAAAUUUCAUUUCAAACAUGCCUCGUCUAAAAAGUUAUGAUUUCUGCUUAGAAUUUUGAUUUAUUUUCUUCUGUUGUGUAAAUCUUUAGCUGAUUUCAGAUGAGCUAUUUGUAAAUCAAAGCUGCCUUUUGUCUUCGUUGAAUGCUGUUGCAAGGAAAUAGAGCUACAGAUUUUAUUGAUUGUUGUCUUUGGUUGGAGUCGGAUUAGGACAUCCAUUUUUUAUUUGUAUACCCAUUUUCUUUGUGUUUCAA